CUGUCCAAAACCCUCUUUGAAAAUUCUCUCUUCAAUCAAAACCCAAAACAAAGCUUUCUCUUCUUUUAGAGAACCCAGAAAUCUUUUCUUCUCUUAUUUUCAUAGUCUGAUCACGUAAACUCUUAUUUUCAUCAUCAAUGGAUUCAACGCCGCCUUCUCAUCGAUGGUCUCGAAUAAAAUCGGCCUCUCGUCUCGGAAGAAUUGGAGAUCUCAAUGUCGAAAGUGAAGAGUCUCCCAAUCUCUCCCUUGAUCUCGUCCCAUCGCCAACACCCAAGAAGACCCCAUCACCAUCCAAAUUGUCUGUAAGAACUCCCAAUUCUCUUCCCCUUCAAGAGCUCUUGCUUCUUUCAGGUUCUCCACUACGAAAAUCCAGGACCCGUCUCGACAUGGGUGAGGAGCCGGUGGAUCCCGCAGGUUCUCGCCGGCGGCCGUGCAAAAGUAGGACAACUCAAAUGGGUCUACUGGGUUGUGCCUCGCCGAGGAAUGCUCGAAGGUCCAGGAGGCGAUCAGAGCUUGAGAUUCGAGAAGAGAAGGAAUUGGGAUUGGUGGAAGAGAUUGGAAAGCUAAGGAAAAGGAGGCAUAGUGGGCGGUCGAAGAAGGAGAAGCUGAGUUUAGUUCCUUCUAUGCCUUCCUCAGCUUCAUCUCCAAAAACCGAAGAUGAAGAUGGAGGCAAUCUUGAUAGAAUUGGGCAGCUUAUAACUGAUUUGAUUAUGUGGAGAGAUGUUGCCAAGUCAAGCCUUUGGUUCGGCUUUGGAACUCUUUGUAUCUUGUCUUCAUGCUUUACUAGUGGAAUCAACUUUAGCAUUUUCUCGGCGAUAUCCCAACUGGGACUUUUGAUUUUGGGUGCAUCAUUCUUCUCGAAUUCAAUCAGUCAGAGAAACAAUAUCGAAAAGAAGCGCGAUCUUAAGCUUAAAGAAGAUGACAUUUUUCGUCUUGCUAAAGCGAUACUUCCAGCUACAAAUCUUGCAAUUUCAAAGACAAGAGAGAUCUUCUCAGGAGAGCCAUCCAUGACUCUCAAAGUAGCUCCAUUCCUAGUUUUAGGAGCUGAGUAUGGGCACCUUAUAACACUAUGGAGGCUCUGCGCAAUUGGAUUUUUUAUCAGCUUCACUAUCCCAAAACUGUAUUCAUGCUACUCCAGUCAGAUAAACCAAAAAGUUGAGUGCUUGAAAUGGUGGGCGUUGGAAGCAUGGGGUGCUUGCUCUCACAAGAAGAUUGUGGCUGCAUCAGCUGUCACAGCCUUUUGGAAUCUGUCAACUCUAAAAACCCGUAUUUUCACAGCAUUUAUAUGUCUGGUUAUACUUCGAUACUGCCGACAGCAUCUAGCACCGAAAUUGGAAGAAGAAGGUGAAGCAGAAGAAGGGGGGGAACAAGGGCAGCAACAGCAGCAGCAGGCAUUGGUUGUGGUGGGACAAGGUUGCCCAAAAAUAGUAGCUUGAUUCACCUUACAGCAAUAUGUUUGUUCAUUACUACAAGAGUCAGCUAAUACUUGAUGCUGAACGAUAAAAAGUGGCUCAUCCGUGUAAUAAUAAAAGGCUUGAAUUUAUUCUUUCUUA